CUCCAACCCCAGUUCCCCACCACCAUGCACUCCUUGGACGAGCCGCUCGAUCUGAAGCUGAGUAUCACCAAGCUCCGGGUGGCAAGAGAGAAGAGGGAGAGGAGCAUGGGUGUGGUCCGGCACCGUGCUCUGCACAGGGACCUGGGCCUGGUGGACGGCAGCCCUACUCCGGGUUCCCCAGGCUCCCCACCCUCAGGCUUCCUGCUGAACCCUAAGUUCCCCGAGAAGCUAGAUGGACGCUUUUCGGCAGCCCCUCUUGUGGACCUUAGCUUGUCACCACCAUCUGGGUUGGACUCCCCCAAUGGCAGCAGCUCUCUGUCCCCUGAGCGCCAGGGCAGUGGGGACCUGCCUCCAGUGCCCAGCGCCCCGGACUUCCAACCACUGCGCUAUCUGGACAGUCUGCCCAGCUCCUUCCAGUUCUUCCUGCCCCUGGGCUCCGGGGGGGCCCUGCACCUGCCCGCUUCCUCCUUUCUCACCACCCCCAAGGACAAGUGCCUCUCACCUGAGCUGCCCUUGCCCAAACAGCUGGUGUGUCGCUGGGCCAAGUGCAACCAGCUGUUCGACCUUCUUCAAGACUUGGUGGAUCACGUCAAUGACUACCACGUCAAGCCCGAGAAGGAUGCUGGGUAUUGCUGCCACUGGGAGGGGUGUGCCCGCCAUGGCCGGGGUUUCAACGCCAGGUACAAGAUGCUGAUCCACAUCCGCACGCACACCAACGAGAAGCCACAUCGCUGCCCCACCUGUAACAAGAGCUUCUCGCGCCUGGAGAAUCUGAAGAUCCACAACCGAUCACAUACAGGUGAGAAGCCCUACGUCUGCCCCUACGAAGGCUGCAACAAGCGCUACUCCAACUCCAGUGACCGCUUCAAGCACACACGCACCCACUAUGUGGACAAGCCCUACUACUGCAAGAUGCCUGGCUGCCACAAGCGCUACACGGACCCCAGCUCGCUGCGGAAGCACAUCAAAGCUCACGGUCACUUCGUGUCCCAUGAGCAACAAGAGCUUCUGCCAUUGCGCCCACCCAAGCCCCCACUGCCCGGCCCUGACGGCAGCCCCUAUGUCAGUGGGGCCCAGAUUAUUAUCCCCAACCCUGCUGCCCUUUUCGGAGGCCCCGGCCUGCCUGGCCUGCCCUUGCCCCUGGCCCCUGGCCCCCUUGACCUCAGCGCACUCGCCUGUGGCAAUGGCGGGGGUGGGGGGAAUGCCACUGGCCUGGGCCCUGGGCUGCCAGGCCCCGUCCUGCCACUUAACCUGGCAAAGAACCCGCUACUGCCCUCGCCCUUUGGGGCCGCUGGACUGGGUCUGCCUGUGGUCUCCCUCCUGGCUGCCUCCUCUGGGAGCAAGGUGGAGGGAGAGAAGGGACGGGGCUCAGGGCCUACCAGGGCCCUGGGCUUGGAAGGCCGCAAGACACCCCUGGAGAGGACUGAAAGUGGCCGCUCCAGGCCCUGUCCCAGUGGGCCAUCCCUGCUGCCAGGCACUGUGCUAGACCUGUCCACUGGUGUAAGUUCGGCAGCCAGCAGCCCAGAGGCGAUGGCUCCAGGCUGGGUGGUCAUUCCCCCCGGUUCAGUGUUACUCAAGCCAGCUGUGGUGAACUGAACCACCC